CGAAGCAAUAAGCAACAAACACUACCCAGCCUUCUUGCUCUAAUGGCAACUGCUAUUGUUUCCAAGCCAACAUUAUCUAAAUGGUUCUCCAACAAGAGCUUCAUGCUAAGCGUCCAUCGCUUUCAUCACCGCAAAUCCGACCUGACCCUUCCUAUGUCUCCGGCUGACCUUACUCCUCCUCCCAAGGAUGGCUCAUGUCCCCCUGAGAGUACUACUACAAUCACACCCAAAGAACAAGCAAGAAAGGAUGAACUCCAUGAAAUAUUUAGUCACUUUGAUGCCGAUGGUAAUGGAAAAAUCUCAGGCUCUGAACUCAGAUCCUACCUUGCCUCCAUAGGGGAAUUCAUGUCCCCUACGGAGGCCCAAGGUGUGAUCAAAGAUCUCGAUGCAGCAGGUGGUGACAAUUUGAUGCUUGAUUUCGAAGAUUUUGUGCAGUUGAUGGAACGGGAAGGUGGAGAGGAUGAUCUAAAAAGAGCAUUUGAGAUGUUUGUAGUGGAGAAGGGUUCUGGGUCUAUUACACCAGAGGGGUUGCAGAGGAUGUUCAAUUGCCUUGGAUACAAAAUAUCAACUGAAGAGUGCAAGAUCAUCAUACAGGCAUUCGACCAGGAUGGCGACGGCGUGCUUGGUUUCCCUGAGUUCCAGCAGAUGAUGGCUUGAAAGUAUCAAUGGUUGCACUUGUUCUAUGCGUCUGUUAAUAUAUGCUCUAAGUGUUGUGUGCAUGAGUUAAGCAAUGAAAAUAAGUUUACAGGCCUAACAUAAUGGCCUUUCCUCCCCUGUUUGGUUAAGAAGAUGCAAUGUCAGUGGGUGCACUAGGAUUGUAAAUGACUGUAAGACAGGCGGGUAUCAUAUAAUUAAAAAUUCUGUGUAGGGGUCAGUGGACUU